AUGGCGAAAGGCGUGCAACAUGGAGACGACAACCGCGAUGGCGAUGACCGCGAGGUUGGUGACGUCUAUGCAGCGAUCGAACAAGCUACAGAAGGAUUGCGAGUGGAGUUUCGUGAGGAGCUGCGGCAACUUCGGGCGAUGCUAGAGGGACUCACCCUCAACGACAACAGCAGAAGGGGCAAACCUAACAUGGCGCGCGCUGGGAACUUGGCCCGAGGUGCACGAGUUAGGAAUCAAAACCACUAUCAUCUUCAACAAGAAAGUGAUGACGGGUCGGGUGAAGACAAUUUGGCGAUAGUAGAUGGAAACCAGCCCAGACAGAGACAAGAUGAUCAUUGCCGGAUAAAAGCUGAGAUUCCCCUUUUCCACGGGAAUCUUUCCAUCGAGGACUUCUUGGAUUGGAUUUCCGACGUGGAGCGAGCGUUCGACGUGAUGGAGACACCCCCAGAAAGAAUGGUUAAGAUGGUCGCAUAUAGGUUGAAAGGCGGGGCGGCUGUUUGGUGGGACCAACUUCAACGAUCACGAACUCGGCAAAGGAAAGGUCCUGUACUAUCUUGGAGGCGGAUGAAAGGGUUGAUGCACGAUCGAUUUUUACCGUCUAACUACGAACAACAUUUGUACAAUUUAUAUCAUAAUUGUUCACAGGGUAGUAGAUCGGUGCAUGAAUACACGGCUGAAUUUAUGCGUCUGUUAGAAAGGAAUAAUUUAAGGGAAAAUGAGAACCAACAAGUAGCUCGUUAUUUGAAUGGGUUGAGAAGUAAUAUUCGAGAUCGAAUAGGAUUACAACCGGUAUAUAACGUUGAUAACGCUCAGGGUAUGGCGUUGAGAGCUGAGGAUUUUGAGAAAAGAAGUACCGCGAAUAAUUUUAGGAGAGCGGUAACUUAUACCCCACCUCAGAACGAUAGAGGAAAAGCUGUAAAUCAGAAUCUGGUACCGACAACAACAGCCCCACGAACGCAACCCUAUGCGAGAGGUGGUGCUAGUGGUUCGAACACCAACUUCCAGCAGCGAACAAAUAAUAAUCCUUAUGCGAGGCCUUUUCCUGACAAUUGUUAUAGGUGUCACAAACCUGGGCAUCGAUCUAACGAGUGUCCUGAGCGAAGAGCAUUGAAUCUAGUGGAUGAUCCGGAAAAGAGGGACGAUAGUGAGAACGAGGGUUAUGAAGUUGACAAAAGUGAAGAGGACGAGGAGACCGAGUAUCAUAGUCACGAGAAUGGAGAACAGGUUAAUUGCGUAGUGCAACGUGUUCUUUGUUCGGCAAGGCAACUAAGCCAACGAAAUAGUAUCUUUCGUUCCCAAUGCUCGAUUAAUAAGAAGGUAUGCAAUUUGAUUGUGGACAAUGGGAGUUGUGAGAAUUUCGUAGCAAUGAGACUAGUGGAGCAUCUGAAAUUGCCUGUAGAAAAACACCCGUUUCCUUAUACUAUAGGGUGGAUUCAGAAAGGGCCCACGGUCAAAGUAACAGAAGUCUACCAGGUACCCCUCUCGAUCGGAAAGAAUUAUGUCAGCGAAAUGGUAUGCGAUGUCGUUGACAUGGAUGCAAGUGACAUUUUAUUGGGGCGUCCUUGGCAAUUUGACGUAAAUAUGGUGUACAACGGGCGAGAAAACUCCUGCAAGUUUGAAUGGGGAGGCCGGAAAACGAUCAUGCUACCUAGGACAGAGACAACGACUACUUCGGCCCGGGAAGUCGGGAAGGACCCCGUUUUUGUAGUGGCCCAAACUGAAGGUGAGUUUAUGGAAGGUGUUGAAACAGCGACCGAGAUACACGCCACCUUAGUAAAAUUGUUGGGAAUUCCGAAAGAAGAGGCGAGUUCGAAAUCGACGGUGGUAGUACCGGAAAGUGUCCAGCCUUUAUUGAAGGAGUUCGGCGAAUUGGUAGCCGAUGACUUGCCAAAUUCGCUGCCACCUAUGAGGGACAUCCAACACCAGAUUGACUUAGUGUCCGGUGCAAGCUUGCCGAACCUGCCCCAUUACCGCAUGAGUCCACAAGAAUGCGAGAUACUAUGA